AGAGAGAGAAAGAGAGCUUUAACAACAAACGUUUCGCGCGAUCUCUCUCUCUAUAUGAGAAAUUUGCGUUCUCCUCGCAUAUGCUAGCAUUUCGAAUUCCGUAACAGUUGCCGCGGUGUUGGAUCUAGCUAGCCCGUUUUACCGUCGGGGGAAUUCUCGUCGAGCUAAUUCUUCCUUGAAUGCUCGGCUCUGGAGGCGUGUAGAUCAGGUCUCUUGGAUUUCAUUUCAUUACGCAGGGUUGGCUGUACUUUUUUGGUUUAGAGUCAGUCUGAGCAAGCAAUAGUUUUGCGGUAGGCUGAUGAAGAACGGAAUGAUAGAAUGCAGUGUUUGUCACUCCAAGUUGGUUUCACCCACUACAAAGGGUAUAUCCAGGGCAUAUGAUCGACAUAAGAACAGAGUAUCAUCUAAGCAACGAGCCUUAAACACCCUCUUGGUUGUUGGUGACUGUAUCUUGGUUGGUUUGCAGCCUAUAUUGGUUUAUAUGUCCAAGGUGGACGGGAAAUUCAAGUUCAGCCCAAUUAGUGUUAACUUUUUGACUGAGAUUGCAAAGGUUCUCUUUGCUGUUGUUAUGCUGAUAAUCCAGUCUAGACAUCAGAAAGUUGGGGAAAAGCCUCUUCUCUCAUUAUCAACAUUUAUGCAGGCAGCCCGUAACAAUGUGCUCCUCGCUGUGCCAGCAUUUCUCUAUGCAAUCAAUAAUUACCUAAAGUUUACCAUGCAGCUAUAUUUCAACCCCGCAACUGUGAAGAUGCUUAGCAAUUUAAAGGUUUUGGUCAUUGCUGUCUUGCUAAAGAUUAUUAUGAGACGGCGGUUUUCUGUAAUUCAGUGGGAAGCACUUGCUCUGUUGCUUAUUGGGAUAAGUGUAAAUCAGUUGCGGUCUUUACCUGAAGGUACCACCAAUUUGGGUCUCACAGUCUCCAUGGGCGCAUAUGUCUACACGCUGAUUUUUGUUACUGUCCCAUCUUUAGCUUCUGUUUAUAAUGAAUAUGCUUUGAAGAGCCAGUAUGAUACGAGCAUUUAUCUCCAGAACUUGUUUUUAUACGGAUAUGGUGCAAUGUUCAACUUCCUGGGAAUAUUAGGAACAGUUAUUAUAAAAGGUCCUAGCAGCUUUGAUAUCCUGCAAGGUCAUUCGAAAGCCACAAUGCUGCUGAUAGCUAAUAAUGCAGCCCAAGGAAUUCUAUCCUCUUUCUUCUUUAAAUAUGCAGAUACAAUUCUGAAGAAGUACUCCUCAACAGUUGCUACUAUCUUUACAGGCAUAGCGUCUGCUGCAUUGUUUGGUCAUAUUUUGACUAUGAACUUUGUCUUGGGAAUAUCCAUAGUUUUUAUCUCUAUGCACCAGUUCUUCUCAUCCCUCUCAAAAGUCAAAGAUGAGCAGAAUGGGAUCACAGAAAUGGUGGAUGUGGAUAACCAGAGGUCAAAGGGUUCCUUCGUAAGUAUGACAGCAGGGGCAAACGAAGAGGCUCUUGUUGAAUCUGAUGAGCGAAAGCCACUUCUUCCAACCUAAAAGUUUUUCACAACCAGGAUCUCUUGGGAAGUUUUGCCUGGAUCAUUGGACCUUAGGGAGACGGCGGGCGACAUGUCUCAACCUUUAUCAAUAAAUUUUUUUGAUGAUGGUUUCCUCCAAGGUUGCAAUAGUCUUCCUCAGGUUGGUUUCGAUAUGAAAUUUUUGUUGCUCAGAUUAGAUUAGAUAAUAACAGCAUGGGUAUUAUCAUACCUAAAUAGCCCUACCUACAUUUCAAGUCGUGGUUUUAGUAACAUGUAUUAUUAUUCUUUACCCCCAGACUGAUUAUAACCAAUAAUUCUUGUCUAUUUCCUUCCACAAUAUCUCAAAUUUUUAUUUCCUUCUCCCAUUGAAAAUGUAGUGCUACAAUUCAGAUCUUAUGACAAACAUGUACUCAAUUUUCUUAUACAUAUAAUGGAAAUGUUAUAAACUGUGUUGAAACAUCAA